AUACAUCACGAUUAUAAACAUAUAACUAUGUUUAAGAAUAGUUAUUAUUAUGGUUUUCUUUUAAAUCGUGUUCUGUUUUAAAGAAUUUGUCACCGUUUUUAUGUGAAAUAAUAUAAAGAGGUUGAAUUUUGGUUUUAUUCUCUAUAUGAACUGGUACACUUGAAGUUGUUUGGGUUGGAGAAUAUGGCGCUGUGCUCGAGGUUUUCAUAUGCACAGAAAUCUCUAUGGACAUGUUUAUCUUCCACCCGGUUCUUUGGAAAUGGGACGAAGGCUUUGUGGCAAAACAGCCCUUCUUUGCCUCAGGCAGGAUUCUUUCCUCAAACGGAAGGAGUGAUGCUUCCACCUGGGACUUUUCAAAACAAAGUGGCCUUCAUCACAGGAGGAGGUACAGGUCUGGGUAAAGGCAUGGCCACUACUCUAUCUGCCCUCGGGGCACAGUGUGUGAUAGCCAGCAGAAAACUGGAUGUUUUGAAACAAACCGCUGAGGAAAUCUCACAUCAGACUGGUAAUAAGGUUCAUGCAGUCCAGUGUGAUGUGAGGGACCCGGGCUCUGUAAAAGCUGCUGUAGACCAGCUGGUCAAUGAUGUUGGGCUUCCAGAUGUGGUGAUCAACAACGCUGCGGGGAAUUUCAUUUCUCCUUCUGAAAAGCUCUCUGCCAACGCGUGGAGAACCAUAACAGACAUAGUUCUGAAUGGCACAGCCUACAUCACGCUGGACAUUGGGAAACGUCUAAUCAAAGCUGAGAAAGGUGCUGCUUUUCUGGCCAUCACUACCAUCUAUGCUGAGAGUGGAUCUGGAUUUGUUGUGCCCAGUGCAUCUGCUAAAGCAGGAGUGGAGGCACUGUUCAAGUCUCUGGCAGCAGAGUGGGGAAGAUAUGGCAUGAGAUUCAACGUUAUUCAGCCAGGGCCAAUCAAAACCAAGGGUGCUUUCAGCCGCCUGGACCCCGCAGGCGUAUUUGAGAAGUCAAUGAUUGAAAGGAUACCAGUGGGUCGGCUUGGUACUCCAGGGGAGAUUGCCAAUCUGGCUGCCUACCUCUGCAGUGACUAUGCCAGUUGGGUAUCGGGUGCGAUUAUCAGAAUGGAUGGUGGUGAAUAUGUGUUUAUGGCUGGAGAGUUCAAUUCAUUAAUCAAGGUCACACCAGAGCAGUGGGUUAUGAUGGAGGCCAUGAUCAGAAGCACAAAGGGUUCUUAAUGGCACAUGACCCAUUUUACUGCUAACAUCUUUGCGAUUCAUAUAAUUCAUAUGAUACAGAAUUUAAUCUCAGAUUGUUAAACCUUUUUUUUUUUCUCAAACUGUCAAUUCACUCUAGAUUAAUGUACUGUUCCUAUAAGCAACUUAAUACAUUUUCUAGAAAAGAAAUCCACUAGUUGUUUUUUUAUUUACAAAAGUAUUUACAAAUAAUUGUGUACAUAUUCUGAAACUUAAAAAAAAAAAAAUUCUGUUAGAUCCAAACUAUUUAAAGUUCUCUGGGGGUCUGUGGAACAGGGUUGUGGUGGACAUCACAAAUCGGUGUUAUCACAGUCAUUAUAUAAUUAAGUCUCCUAUAGAUAUUUUUUAGUAGAUUAAUCUAAAACUUGAUAUCUAAUAACAAGUAGGUUUGUAAUAAUGUGAGCUUGAACUUAAUGUGGUCUUUUGGUGGAAUGUUCACAAAAAAAAAAAAAAACACUGGCUCCAAUAAAAAGACAAUAUUAUUGUAAACCUUUAAGUGAUGCAUUAAUGUACUUCAAAAUUGUUUCAAUACUAUUAAUAUGAACAAGUGCUGAAGGAGGUCAAAUGAACCUAUUAUAUAGCUAAAGGGGUCUCUAGCUAUAAUUGUUCACAUGUUUAGAAUUGACUAUGUACAGUAUAUGUAAUUGAAAAACAGGUCUUUUAGUAACACGUACUAGCCCAUGGACACAAACCACAACACACUAUUAGUAGUUCAGAUAGCACUUUAUUAAGUAUAAUAUCCUCAUACACAGUGUCACUGGGGUUCAGCACAUCAUUCAUUACAGUGCAAAUACAGAAAUAUGAGACUGAAGUGUGGGCAGGGGCAAUGCAGUUUAUAUAGAUGUGGUAUGUGCUUAUAGAAUCUUGCUGGAAUUGCUAAUGCCUCACAGCAAGGUGUGCCUUCAGUCGCAAACAUGCACUGCGAACAGAAAUUUAGCCUGCUGCUUUUUACAUACAAGUACUUUCCUAUUUUACAGCUUCGUACCAUCCACAUUCCUCUACCACUUUAUUGCUUUGGCUAUAUCAUAAGGUAGAUCAAUUGAAUUUUUAUUAUGAAAUGAUUUGCUGAGCCUGUGUUGAAUUAUGAUCUGAAUUUGUUAUACCCAUGAAGCUUCAGUGUUUUGGGAAAUGUCUCAUUUUCUGGGUGUGAAAACAUAUUUCAUGUAAGUGGCGACCAAGAUUCUUGUCCUUUGAAGUAUUGAACUAAUCUUGUCUUUACAAAAAUCUGUACAUUUAGAAACGGUAUAGAAACGAUAGAUUGAAAAGUAUGUGGCAUCGGUCUCUGAUCUGUGUACCUACAAACACUCGGCAUGUACUUGACUAAAUGAACAGAAAUACAUCCAGUGUUUAGCUAUGUUCACAUGAUGAGUGAGCAGACAGCUUUGCUGGCGGUGGGAUGUGGAUGGAGAGGAUGUAGUAGAUCAAAAAGACAUCAACUGGUGGACAAAUCUCACAUGUCUUCAGCACACAACACCAGCGCCAACUCCGUUCUGUAGAGUUUUCCUCCAUCAGAAAGAGCCAUGAUGGCCUUCUUAUAUAUAGGGAUUUUGCUUACUUCUAGAACCUGUCAGAUAUAAAAAGGCUUUCAUUAAUAGACAGUUUCUUCAUCACCAGUACAACUAUGAUUUUUAAUGCCUUCCUAGUGUUGCAAAUCAUGCAACUCUGCUCAAAUUCUUUAUUUGUAAAGUACAAUAAUUAUCACCAUCAAUCCAUCAUAUGUCAACACUCCUCCACAUGGCCUAUUAGUGAAACAGUAGCACAGAUAUUAUAAGGAUGAAGUGACAUUGAUAUGAUGGUGGCAUAUCAGUGGGUGUUGUACCGGGAUUUACACCUCAGUGUCACUGGGUGGUUGAAAAACAUUCAAAAUAUUCACCUUGGAUAUGAUUAAUGUUUACUGUGCCUGCUGAAAAUAAGUCUUCAUGUCUUUAUACAAUAAUGUACAGCUAUCUCUUAAAGCGAUCAUUAAGUCUACACAGUCAACAUAUAUACAGUAACUGCUAUUACAGUCUGUGAUGUAAUGAUUCAAAUAAAAAUAUUUCUGUCUUUCUGUGA